AACACUUCUUCUGAAAUCAUUGACAAUCCUUUCCUCCCUAGCUUCCCCACUGAUUCAAAACCCUGGUGUGGGGGUUGUGAUGAGCCUGUGGUCUGUGGCUGGUGUGUAGAAUGUGGCGAACCGCUCUGCUCUGACUGUGUGGCAGCCCACAAGAGGGUGAAGUUAAUACGCAACCAUAAUGUCCUACCCCAAUUACCUCCAGGUUUCAGCAGGACAGCGUUGUGUCCCAUCCAUAAGAGGGAGCAGAUGAAGCUUUUCUGUGUGACUUGUGAUCAGCUGACUUGCCGUGAUUGUCAGCUAACCUUCCACAAGGAGCACAAGUACCAGUUCGCCCAGGACGCUUUACCAGAGCAGAGGAAAUGCUUACAGUAUCUACUCGAGACUGUGAGGAUGCAGAGAGGGACUGUGCAACAGCACCUACAGGACCUGGAUGGACGGCUGUCCGACUUGGAGGAUCUGCAGGAGAGUGUGAGGACAGAGGUCAAGGAUAUCCUCAAGGUCAUCUGGAGUGUCCUGGUGAAGAGGGCCAUGCAGCUUUCAAAGGAAAUGCAGGAUCACUGUUGGAAGGAGAGUGAGUGUGUCACAGAGAGACAGGCCCAUCUUAGGAAGCUGGGAGAGAGGCAGAAGUAUGUGUUGGCCUUCACGGAGAAAGCCCUGAAGAGUGAGGAUCACACCUCCCUGCUAUCCUGCAAAAGAUGGGUAGAUAAAAAGUCCAAUCUAAGAUCAAAGAUCCACUCUGAGCUGCAAGGUGUUCUAGCCAAAAACCCCAGUGCAGUGUCUACAAUGAAGGAGCUGAAGCUCCAUUGUGGCCAGGACAUCCACCAAACCGUUGGAUGUUUUGGGGAAAUUGUGACUAAGGUGGUCCCGUUUGCUCGGUUAAACCUGAGAAAGACUCUGGUUGAUCCCAUUCAAAUCAAUCCUCCCAAAUUUUCUCUGGAACAGCAGAGAAACAGCAGAGCAUCCUCAACAUUGUCACCUUCAUCCCAGGAAACCUCCAGUACGUCAGCGGGAAAUGUUCCCCUCUCCCGACGUCAACCAACACUAAUGCGCUCGCUUUCUUGCCCCCCAUCCUCCCCCUAUCCCCAUGAACCAGAGAGACUGCCAUUUUACCACUUUUCCCCUGACUCUCGCGGACCCUCUUUACAGGCACUAUCCUCUUCCUGCUCUGACAGCCCUCUGUCCUUGUCCUCUACGUCUGCUGUGAAUGCAACAGGUCCCCAGCUAUGUGCUGUAAACACGGAAAACGAUGACAGCUCGUCAUUAUCAGGGAUUGCACUGGACACCCCUGUCCCAUAUCACGGGUAUCAGGGUGGCUCCUCAAAGUCUGACCUGAUGGUGGAACUUGUUUCCCGGGCCUUUCAUGUCAAAAGGAAAGCGGGGGAUGAAAAUGUGGGUCCUCAAAUUAAACGAAGUUGUUUGCAGCCCUUGAAGGUACCAGCGGACUCCUCCUGUGAGAAGGUUCCCCCUAUAGGUGCCGAAAAGCAGGCUGGGGAUGUGGCUGCUACCGUUGUCAUGGAAAGAGAAGCUACACCCAACAUUAUGGACCAGAAUGCAACGGCUCCAGUGUACAGACAAGAAGCUACUAAGGCUUCAGGCAGCCGUCAAUCAAAUCUGGUUGUUGGCAGGAGUGUCAAGACGGUCAAUCAGGUGGGUUUAGCCCACUUCACACUCCCUGUCACUGGGAACUCUGUCACUUGGAGCAUGUCACCAGCUAAUGCCACUCUUUUUCCUGGCACUGUGAACACUCCCCCCAGCUUUGGAUGUGUAAGGGCUGUCCCCCCAUACUUGGUUUUGUCUAACAGCGCUCCAGUUUCUGGUCCCACUGGCGCUGUGAACAGGCUUGACAAUGGAAGCCUGGUCUUCAUUUGUAAUGACGUGCCCUUUUUCAACAUGUUGAGCUCUGUUAGAGGAGGUGAAAACCAAGUGCUAGCUGCUUCUGUCCCAGGAGGACUCCGCCCACCAUGUCUGCCAGACCCCACCUCUCCAAAGAGCCCUAUGGAGGAAGAUGACAAUAUGGCUGAUUUUGAUGUCAGUGCUGCUGACAGUAUUGAAGAGACUGGGUGCCAGGUGUCUGUUGGGCUUAAUAACAGAUUUCCGCAGGUGUCUUUGCUUUGGAUGCCCAUCCUUGACGCCUAUGUUGGCGUCCCGCCAACCCGCUUCCGCCUCCUUGCAGGGAUCAAAGGGAAGCAAACUGUCGUUCAGGUGAUCCAGACGGACGCGCCGCAACCAGAGUCUCCUUGCUCCUCCAUGUCGAGCCCAGGCAGUCUGAGGAGCACCCACCAGCUACGCCCCUUCCUGGUCAGGAGGAAACACUGCACAGCAUGUAGGAAGUCAGGGAAUCUCACCCUGUGUGUCGUGUGUGGACGGGGCUUCCACAGGGAGUGUCACAUUCCACCCAUCUAUUCCUUAUCGACUGAGCGCUGGCAGUGUAUGCUGUGCCGGGACCUCUCUGAUCUGGCGUGGCUGCAGGACUACAGUGAGACCAACGGGGAACUGUGUAUGAGCCCUCCUGACCAAAUGAGAUGUGAGCGCUUACUACUCGUCCUUUUAUGCAGAAAGCGCAGCGUUGUCCUCUACAGACCAGCCAAGCUCUCUUCCCGGUCUUCUCACUACAUUGACAUCACCUUGAUUCAGGGACGGUUGCUACGGAAACUGGUCCCCCCUUACUGCACCCCGUCGGAAUUUGUGUCCGAUGUCUGGCUUCUCCUCCACAUACAGUUGACGCGCGUGAAGUCAGUGGACCGACUUCAGGCAUGUUUUGAGAAGGAGCUGGGCAAAACGUUUGAGGGGACCCUGCACCCUUCGCUGCUCGUCAAUCCCCACCAAGGGGAGGCGGAGAGGAAUGCGGAACAAGAGGGGGACAAGGAGAAAGUGACCAUGAGGAAGAAUCCGAGUCCUCUCGAGGUAGAGCGUGCAGGCAAAAAGAUUUCACGCAGGACUCAAUGAAAGAUAAAGAAUGGGAAAAGAAGCCUGUAUUUUUCUGUAUUGAUUUGAAUUGCUUGCAGAACAUGUUUGUACAUACUGUUGCCUCCAAAUAUAUUGGAACCCCACUCAUCUUAAAAAGUUAUGUUUCUAAAAUAACAUUAAAUUUUUUGAAAAUGUGUAUUUGGCUGCAACUGUAGUUGGUUACAAACACUGGGGAUAAAAUGUUUCAAGUGUUGUUUUUGUGUGUGCAUCUUUAUAUUUAUCUAUUUACAAUAAACGUUUUUGUGUGCAUCUUUAUAUUUAUCUAUUUACAAUAAACGUUUUUGUGUGCAUCUUUAUAUUUAUCUAUUUACAAUAAAUGUUUUUGUGUGCAUCUUUAUAUUUAUCUAUUUACAAUAAAUGUUUUUGUGUGCA